GUGGAAAGGGAAGUAGCGACUGUGUCUUCGUUUCAUAUUCAUUUUCAUUUGUGCAGCAUGUGGAAACGCCAAACCUCAAUGCUACCUGGAAAAUAUUUGAAGUGAAACGGCCUAUACAAUCAUUGCCUAUGACAAGACACAGGAAAUAGUGCGUCUAAAGAGUGAAAAAGAGCGAGGGUGGAGGAAAUUGAUCAACUGCAGAGACGCCUCUCAUCAGACCACAGAAGAGAACGGUUGCAAACAGGUCUGCAAUGGAACGGAAUUAAAAAUGCCUCAUGUUUAAGAAUCAUCUAAACUUCCACAGCCAUCAUAAAAUGGCUAAUCAAUACUCGUUGAAGAACCAAGUACUGCCAGGGAUGGUUUACUGGAUCUGGCUGAUUGUUUUCUGCAAUGGGGCACUUGGCAAUCAGUCAAACGAUGUAAAUUGCAUUGUCUACAAUGAGGAAUUUAUGGAGUGUACAUGGAACCACAGUGAAGGGAAACCAAACUACACCCUGUAUCACUGGUAUUCCUCAACUCCAGUAAAGGAAUGUGGGAACUACAUUCAGCAGAAUGGCUAUAACAUUGGUUGCAAUUUCUCACAAAAUGAGAUUACCCAGUUUCAAGAAUUUUUUGUUUACAAAAAUGGAUCCAGUGACUCAGGAAAUGCAUUACCACAGUCCCAGUCAUUCCAGUUGCAGAAUCAAGUGAAACUCAAUCCUCCUGGAGACCUGGCACUGAAUAUCUCGAACAACAAUGAGCUCAUUUUGAGCUGGGACGUACCAGGGAAAUUACUGAAAUGUCAAAUGUAUGAAAUCAGGCACCGGAGUAAUAAGGAUAAAAAGUGGCAGGUAUAUGGAAUCAAUUCGCAAGCAAGAUAUGUUUUGUCAAGUAUAGAUCCAGAGAAACUCUAUACCUUUCAAGUACGAAGUAAGAUUAACGAGUAUUGUGCCUCAACUGACCUGUGGAGUGAAUGGAGCCCACCUGUUCAGUGGGGAAGAAAUGACACCCAGCUGGAGAAGUCAACAGGAAUCCGUACCAUAAUCACUGGACUUUCACUAUUGGGAUUAAUUUUACUUGUGUUUGCUCUCACAAAGAGUGAACGGUUGAAGGUGAUAAUCGUCCCAAAGAUUCCAAAUCCAGGCAGAAGUUUUGAUCCUUUAUUUAACAAUCACAAUGGCAACUUCCAGGAUUGGCUUGGUGUGCCGAAGGACGCAUUGGAAGGUUUCAAAUCAAACUACCAUGAGAACGUGUGUAUUGUGAGUGAGUCACCAGCCAACUCCAUCCAGAGUAAUGUCCAUGGAGGGAGUACACAGAUCCCAGGGAAGGUGUUCAUUCCUGGCAACAAGGGAGAGAUUCAACCAAAAAACACCUCUCCUGCAACACUGUUCUCUGAUAUUGCAGCUUUUGUAGAAAGCAAUAGGUAUGCCAUUAAUGAAAACAUCUACGUCAGAGUCUAGCCUUUGCAGCAUUGCAAGCCUAUAUGACACUGGGGAAAUCCCAGUUAUGGUGGUACAAAAUCCUAAAAAGAUUCCACAGGUCUCUUGGGAAUAAAAUCCCCAAAAUUAUAAAUCUUACAGUAACCUCCAAAGGAAAGUUAAACAGAAAAUGUUGGGAAUCCACAACAGGUCAGUCAGGAUAUGAAGGAGAAACAAACCCCCAUUCUCUUUUAGAAGCUAGUCAACCUCUUGUGAUUUUCUGAUGUUAUCUGUUUAUAUUUCAGUUUUAUAGCAAACUGUGGCAAUUUUCUUUUAACCUUUCAAGCACAUAUAAUAUUUGGAAAGCUGGGCAAGAUAAACAGUGUUAACAUUUCAGGGCGAUACCCUUUCAUCAACCUAAAGACUCUAGCUUUAUUUGUCUUUCCAAGGAUGCUGCCUGACCUGUUGAGUGUAUUCAGCAAUUUCAGUUUUUAUUUCAGAUUUCCAGCCCCCGCAGUAUUUUGCUUUUGGACAACAUAAGUGCAUAUUGCUUUACAUAUAAUUCCACAUUUGAGAGCUGAUUUCCCAAUUGACUGCUGCUGGAUGGGUGUAUAGUCUCAAAGUAUGCUAGCUGGGAAUUGGAGGCCUGAAGCCACUGAUCUUUCCCCAUAAAUGAAUGGAAAAUCAACUUGCCAAUCAAUGUUACCUGUGGCUACCACUACGCGGCAAGAGUUCCCAUUUGGUAUAUCAGUCAUUUAGCUUCAAAAUGUCAAUUAGGUAUUUUAUGUUGCUAAGAUUCGGCAUGUUUUUCAAUUAAGAUGUAAGUUGUCUUCUUAAGGAAAAGAAUGAGAUGGGCUGUAUCCUGUCUGAAAAAGUGAGCAAUGUCACAGGCUGUGAAAAAAUAUAAAAGAGCUGAGUGCAAGCAUUUUGUGUGAUCCAUGAGGUGUGUAACAAUUUUGAGGCACUCUGCUAUGUAAUUUCUUGCUUUUCUUUUGUAAUACAUGUAUAAGACUCAUCUGAGAGUGUUUCUUUUUGUUUUGCUCUUUGUUUUAUUUCAUAUUUUGUUGAGGCUGUAGCAGCACCAGGUCUGGCUGAAGAGCGUAACAGUGAACAAGGACUGACCAAAGACAGAGAGAGAGUCGGUAGCAGCCUGAACAUUAUAGCGUGGGAACAUUUGCUUGUUACUAUGUUGCGGUGUCACAAGUGACUUACACCAGGCUGUUGCACACUUUUAACAUGCAAUUUGAUGAUUACUCAACCAAUGCUUUGCAUAUAUUAUGAUUCUGUCAUUCUCUCUCCAGUGUACCUUAAAAUUUUAUGCAUGCAUUUGAUGUUAACUUAAUUUCUAUAUGGGCAGUUGCUGUAAAAUGAAGUUUUGUUUGAUGGAUAAACCAUUAUUUGAACUCGUCAAAAUGGGUUUCACUUGCUCAAUGUCCACAUUUCAAGGGCAUUGCAGUAAGUCUUGGUGCAAUAGCGUGAAACAGGAGAAAGCAAUUCAGCAACCCAUUUUACAUCUCUCCCAGUUUUUAUGUCCAUUGACUCGGAGGAUAGCCUAGCAACCAUGAGUCCUGAUGACAAAAAAACAAUCUUGGCCAAUAAGGAGGUCAAACCAAUAACGUCAAAUUUGUUAGAAGCACUACUAUAAAAUAAUUUACUUUUAACGGACUGUUCAAGCUGGAUAUGGUGGCAAGUCACUAAAAAUUUCAUAAUUUUUUGGACAACUAUUUUACGUUUCCAGGAAUACCUUAAGGAAAAGGGUUGGAAAUUGAAUAGACAGCACACACUGACCUGGCAGCCAGGUUGAAAAGUGUUGCCCCAUAUGUGAAAUCUCCCUUUAUUUAUCAUUAUUCACCUUCCAUUGCCUUGAGCUUAGAUCUAUCUAACUGUGACAUAGAGGAAAGGAAUAGAAUCUGUUGCUGUACGUCCCAUCAAGUAAUUAUGAGGGAAGUCCUACUUUCCCCAUGGCCAUGUGCUUUUUUAACUGUCAGAGGGACUACAGAAUUUGAAGUGUAAGAAUGAUCCCAUAAAAGGCAUUUUUCCUUUUGCGAUAAUUAAUUAAUGUGUAAUUAGUUUCCUCUGCUGUGAGUCUCCCUAGGUCACCCACCUUCCUUGAUCAAGCUAGCUGCCAGAGCACCACCAUUGUUAGAAAGAAAAGAAAGAGUUGUAUUUAAUACAGUUUAAAUUUCAUUGUCCCAAGAAAUCCUGAUUUUAGAUCAACACCCUCCCUUGCCCCUUCACUGUUCUAGGUAAUCAAGACAUUUGAUGUCUCUCCCUGCAAAUAAAUGAUGAGAACCAAGAUUUCACUAUGUCUGGAAUAUUGGGUCAGAAAUACUUGUGGGACAGUGAAUUGAAGCUUAAAACUACUGCUCUUUCAAAACUUACUUACUAGUUCAGAAUUGUCAACUUUUUCCAUUAAUUUUCCAAUUUAGGUAUGACAGCCAUAUUUUGUUACCAAUGCUAAGUAUUAAGUUCACUCUUUGAACUCUGCCACAUUCACUACAUGGUUAUCAGCUUUUUAACGCGUUAUUCAUGAAUUUUAAUUUACUUUUUGUUGCAAGACUAUGCAUUUAUGUAAAAUAAACCUUUAGUACAAAUGUCCUAGGAGUUGGGGUUCCCCAACAUACAUACCAAAACUUCUAACAUAUUAGCUGAUCAUCCCUCAACCCCUACGGAAACACAGAAACAGAUUGUUGAUAAAGUUAGUUAUUUCAGAUGAGGGUGGGGGUAGUGCUGAGCUCAGAGGGGCCACCUUGACCUGCCUUCCUUUUUUACACCGAACAAAACAAUAACUCUGUUUUUGGCUCAGGUUAUUUGUUUUAGCAUUCUGUAUAAACAUUAAUUCUUAAAUCUAGGAAGGUGACUUCACAGACCUAUGGUUAGUUAAGUUGUUAAGCUGAUUCCAUGAGAUCUGUGCAGUCCCUGUAGUAACUCGAGUUAUGCCGGUUUGCUGCUCUGCAUAUACCUAAAUCACUCCUGUGAUUAAUAAAUAAUAAAAGUGCACAAAAAUGUGAACCUCUCAA